AUGGCCUGUGUUUCACAACGACGCGCGGAAAGGGGAGACACAGCCUCGUUGACACGAUGUUCUAGCCUGAGUGGCCGGGCGGCGCGCCGCCUAUCUGUGCGGCUGCUGCAGCCCACGGCAUUUGCGAGCCCCAACGCUCGGAGCAGUGGAAGCACCGCCACGGUGGACGACCAGUCGUGCUUCUGGAAGUCUUGGCGCCCAGGGCCUAAUCAUGCGUCAAAGGUGGCCGAGCCGCUGAUCCGCAGCCACUGUGGCUCAGGCGAUUUUUCUAGCAAGUUGCAUGUCGCACCGUAUGCAUUCUUGCUGCGCUAA